CCAUCAGCCUCGCGCCGCUGCCUGGGCCCCUGCGACGACACUGCAUCAACCGCCCGGCGGCCUCACGACAGCUCUCUUCUUAUACUACUUACCCCCACCUUUGACUUGUCUCUCCGUCUGUCCUCAUCCUCUAGGUAGCAACCAUGUCUAACCAGUCCAUCCUCCGCAUCACUCGCGAACUCAGCGAAAUACAGAAGGGCCCAGAUUUAUCCCUCGCUGUUGCGUGCCGCGAUAUCGACGUCCGACAAGUGAGAGCCUUGAUCAUAGGCCCGCCCGACACCCCAUAUGAGUUUGGCUUCUUUGAGUUCGCCGUCAAGUUCGGCAGAGAAUACCCCACCAAGCCACCAGCUGUCACGGCUGUGACCACCAAUUCCGGUAGGACACGAUUCAACCCAAACAUCUAUUCUGGGGGCAAGGUCUGCCUUUCGAUUCUAGGCACCUGGCGCGGCGAGCGGGGUGAAGAAUGGUCAUCCGCACAGGGCCUCGAGUCCAUCCUCAUAUCUAUUCAAAGCCUGAUGUCCUCAAACCCAUACGAGAACGAGCCUGGAUUCGAGGAUGGAAAGUCCGAGUUCGACAAGAAGAACCAGGUCGACUAUGUGGCAAAGAUUCGCCAUGAGACUUUAAGGAUCUCCAUCAUCGAGCGACUCGAGGACUAUCUAGGCAUCGGUAGGGAAAAGGUGCCAGGCGUUGUACCCUACAAUGCGGACGAUGACUAUCGAGAGAACUCGGUGGACGCACCCUUCGAGCCUUUCAAGGACCUCUGCAAGCGGCGAUUCCUGUGGUACUACGACUCCUAUCUGAGCGCCAUCGAGAUAGAGAAGGAGAAGCACGCGGAUGGUAAACGAUUCGAUAGGAUGCCUUUCGAGGGAGCAGGCAACAUAAUGGAGGGAUGCUUCCAGUACACCUCACUAAAGAAGCGGCUUGAGACGAUCUACGAGAAGCUUAACGAAGAAAUGGAAGCAUGGGGAGCUGAAGGCCAACUCGCAACUCAGAAGGAGUUGAGCAUUUCCAGCAACCUGCAGCGACAAUACGAGCAGAUUGUCGAGUUCUACAAGAACAACGACAGCGUCACUCUGGACCUCGAGCUGGUUGACAAGAACCCGUUUGUGUGGCAGCUGGUGCUGUUUGGCCGGCCAAUGACCAACCUCGACGGAGGUAUGUUCCGCAUCAAGCUGUAUCUCAGCACCAAGUUCCCGGACACCUUGCCUCGGAUCAAGUUUGAAACGCCCAUCUUCCAUCAUCGUGUGUCGAAGGAUGGGAUCCUAUGCUACAACCCUACCCGAAAGGAUGACCUCAAGUCACACAUUGAGGCCAUCAUCGAAGCUGUCGAGGAGGAGUCGCCUGCCUAUGAUCCACGAACCUUGGUGAACCCGGAGGCUGCUAAGCUCUUCUGGGGCACAGCAGACGAGAAGAAACUCUACAAUCGAAAGCUGCGACGAUCCGUGCAGGAGAGCACCGAAUAUUGAUCCAUUCCACAACACUUCACUUUCUUUCGGAUAUCUCAGACUGGCGCGGUGUCGCAUCUCUUGCUUCCUUCCAAUCACGACUUUCGCUCCGGAAGUCUUUUGAUACCCACUUCCUACCAGCACCUUCGACUACAUUCAAGUUGCAUACUGACAUUUCCCGGAGUUUCAAGGCUGGACGACGGGGGUAAAACACGGGUUUCUUUACAUUACUGACAUUUGCAUGAAGGAUGGACUGGCCACUUUAGAUGCCGUUUACGACGG